AGGAAGUGCUCGGCACACGCGGUGGUGGACAUUUAUUAAGUAGAUGGUAGAUGGUUAGCAUAAUAGUUGCGGCAAGCUAACUGGGAGUAUUUCGUCUUCCAGUAAUAAAUUCAACGCAAGAACUGUGUGCCAUGGCAUCAGACUGGUUGGGCAGUCUCGUGUCCAUAAACUGUGGAGCCACGCUUGGUGUAUACCAGGGAGAGGUCUCUGCUGUUGACCCAUCCAGUCAAACACUCUCUCUGAGACAACCAUUCCACAAUGGUAUCAGGUGUUCUGUACCUGAGGUUACUUUUAGUGCCAUGGACAUUAAAGACCUGAAGAUCCUGGACAUCCCUAAUGUCAGAGGGGCCAUGAACAAUAACACUGAAGCCAAGCCAUCCACUCUGCCUGCCGAGGAUAAAGGCCCUGUGCCCAUGAGUGCCCCCAUCACCAUCCUACGCAGAGGAACACCCCUGAACUCUAAAGCUGCGCCCCAGCCCCCCAUCCAACCGCCCCCCCGGAGGAACAGCACCCGGAGCAGCUCAACAGGCCCCCUCAGCCGGCCAAAGGAUGACUAUUGUUUCGGUGACGGGACGGAAGAAAGCCUGGACACAGACUUCGACUUUGAGGGCAACCUGGCGCUCUUUGACAAGGCUGCCGUGUUCUCGCAGAUGGAGCGCCAUGGCAACGGACCACGGCAGCGGACCACGCCUGGCAACCCAUCCGCACCCUGCUACCGGCACAAUGAGAACGUCCUGGAGGCGCAGCCGGUGGUGUACAGACGGAUCACAGUUCCUCAGUAUGGGGGGAAAGAGUACUGCACUGACUCGGGUCUGGUGGUGCCCAGCGUGUCCUAUGAGCUGCACAAGCGUCUGCUGCGGGUCAGCGAGGAGCAUGGCAUCUCUCUGGAGCGCAGGCUGGAGGUCACCGGAGUGUGUGCCUGCCAGAUGGCCCUCACACUACUGGGAGGGCCCAACCGACUGAACCCCAAAAACGUGCACCAGCGCCCCACGGUGGUGCUCCUGUGUGGGCCACACGUGCAGGGAGCCCAGGGGGUCAGCUGCGGUCGCCACCUGGCCAAUCACGAGGUGGAGGUCAUUCUCUUCCUGCCCAACUUUGUCAAGAUACAGGAGGCCCUCACCCAUGAGCUCAGCCUAUUCGGACGGGCCUGGGGCAAGCAGGUGUCCAGCAUCAGAGACCUGCCAGUGAGCCCGGUCGACCUGGUGAUCAACUGCCUGGACUGCCACGAGAACCCGCACCUGAGAGAGCAGCCCUGGUACCGGGCAGCAGCCGAGUGGGCCAACCAGAACCGGGCCCCGGUCCUGAGCAUCGACCCGCCAGUCACCGGGCAGAGCCAGGCCCAGGGCCAGGGCCCGGCUGUGGAGGCCAAAUGGUCACUGUGCCUGGGCCUCCCCCUGGCACUGGGAGAGGGCGCGGGUCGGGUGUACCUGUGUGACGUAGGGCUGCCCAGACAGGUGUUCCUGGCCGUGGGCAUCAACUACUUGUCGCCCUUUGGCUGCAAGUUUGUCGUUCCCCUGCAUUCAGCCUAGGCGUCGAGAGAUGUUACAUAGUUUCAAAUAGCCUAUAGUUUCAAAACACACUCACACACAAAGCACACAUUCUACAGUUUUACUAUGUUACACACACACACACCUCUGUCUCAAGAGUGAGAUUAGCUAUGUUAGGGGUGAAUGCACAUAUCUGGACAGAGACCUACCUUUAGAUGUGGCACUGUAAAAUGGCUCUGUGCAAUCAAUUUUUCUUUUGUCGAGACUUCCAGGAGACGGUUACAAAAGCAGAUGGUUUGGCUCGUGGCACUUUACCUGAUAAGGCACUUUAAUAGUCUGCUGCUGUAGGACUGCUGUUUGUGUUUUUGGUGGAUGGGGAGGGGGGCAGUUAGGGGCAGUUAGGGGUUCACUAGGGUUCAGUGAUCGCGUGCGGAGGCUCUUCAGAGGAGGAAAGACCAUCAGAGCCGCACUUCCUGUCUCUUUUGUGUGUGGUGACACAGCUCUAACCGUGACCGUGGCAACCUUGGAGUCAGAGGCUAUUUACCAAAGAGGGACCACUGUUAGUGGCACCUGACCUCUCGACCCCUCCUCUUUGACCCCUAUGAUUGGCUGGGGCCUCCUGGUACACUUCCUUUUUCCUGCUCGGAGUUUUGUGUGGGGAAGUCCUGACACAUUGAUCCAUAGUAAAGCACUACAUUCAAAUACUUAACACUAAUACCUAAGCCAUGGACAACAGUUUGUCUGACUUGACAGUUUGGUUUGAUUCUGGAACUUUCCCCUUGUCCCCUUCAGUCUCUCUAUUGCAGUUUAUUAGUUAUGUAUGUCUUCCUCUCAGUUAAACAGUAGGGUACAUUGUAUAAGCUAAACAAUGAUUUUGUGACAGCAAUCAGAACAAAGGAUAAGUGAAGGCUAAGUAAAAUUGAAUGUACUUAAAAUGGAAAUAAUAAGGUCAUGAGUUUACCCCUACAGGAACUUAAUAUUGCUGAGAAAGUGCUGCAGAGAUUUCCUGAAUGUUCCUUUGGUUACUGCCCAUGAGGCCUUAGCAGUGAGAUUUGCACUGACCUGGCAAUCAGGUGUUUUUGAAUUUCUAUUUCAAAUGUUUAGUUAACUUUUUUGUGUGUAAUGGGGCAUUUUUUCCCCAGCCCUAUUUUUCAGUUAAACGUAGUCUACCUCCACACAAAUGUGCUUGCGUGCCUGCAGAUUCAGUUCCUAGUUAUUGACAGUUCAUGUGAUACUGAGCCACACUGAAGAAACAUGUUAGCAAGCCAAUUUUGAAGUCUCAUAGUGAAAUUGACAUGCAUUAUUCAUCAGACAUUAAAUGUGAUUACCACAAGUCUCACAUGUUUUGGCAAACUUUAAUAUCUGAAUAGCAAAAUAAAAAGCAUACCCAUUGAGUGCCAUUGUGGAGUUAUUAUAGUUGAAGAAGAUUGAUUUAAUUAUUAGGCUGGUGAUGCAACCAGUUGUAUUGUGAAGAGAAUGCCUGUCUUUUCUUCAUUAAGUGGCUGUUAUUAACACAAUGCUGAUAUGUCACUGGCAACAGGUUAUACUACUUGCACAGUGAUGAAAGAUGUGCCCUAUGCCGCCUUCUCAUUUAGCAGACACUUGUAAUUCAGAAGCAGCUUACAGUACAAGUAGAUCUCUAUACUACUGUGUGUAUGUGUUAAUACCACAGGAAUAAAUAAUUUGAUGAUCAUCAUUGCUUCAUCUGGGGAGGAAUGUUCUUCUGUCAUUUCAAGUUGUUUAUGUCCACACCGUUUGGACACAUUGUCCUGUAGUAAAACACUUUUACACUCAAUUUGUUGAUUUGUUACAUUUGUACACAUGUUGUGUAAACUAACACAAUCUGUUGUGUCCAUCUGCACUUUAUUGUGAAUUCAUUAAAUGGGUUUUUCAACCAC